AUGUCUGACUACAAGCCCACUGAGCACGACGGUCUCCGCAAGGACGGCCAACCCGAUCAGCGCGUCGGAACCGGCGAGUUCGCUCACGGAAAGGUUGACCCCCAUGAGGCUGGCAAGCAGGGUGGCCAGACUGGAGGCACCUCGGACAGCAGCUCCGGCGGUAGCUCCGACAAUCAGGGUGCUGCCCACAAAGGCGGAGAUGGUUUGAGAAAGGAUGGUCAGCCAGACCAGCGCUUGAAGCAAAACCAGUAA